GGUAGCGGGCGGGUGACGAGCAGCUGCUGUCACCACGAGUCCCUUGCUCUCACUCAGCCCCUUGCCAGCCCUCACUCAGCCCGCAGCCAGGCCCUUUCCGCAAGCCCCGGACACUUGUUUUUUGCACGUGGCACCUGCUGUCUGUCAGUGCCUCUCGCGGUGACCCUCGGCCAAAGACACUUCGGGCACCACUCGGCCACCCGGACCUCCUGCGCCGCCGAGUGGGCCGCAUCGCCAGGCUCGACAGGGCCGCACCGCGCGCCCGGGCCACCAUGGAGGCGCAGUGUUACCCCGGCGGCGUGGCCAACCCGUACGGCGUGGCCCAGGAGCGGCCCUCCGAUGUGACCAUGAUGACGGGCGUGGCCCAGGUGGCCACCUCCACCCACGGCCCCCUCGUGGCCCGCUCCUCGGCCCAGGACUGCUGCUACGACUGGUCCGCCCUCCCCAGCCACUACACCACGCCCAUGAAGGAGAUGGAAGCGUGCCUCCUGGCGGCAGGCAAGGGCCGACCCGAGGACUACCACGGCUACCCCACGCAGCUGACGUGCCCGACCGGCCACCCGACGGGCAUCCCCUCCCUGUCGGUCAAGGAGAGGGCAGGCUCCCCUCGCUCGCCCAUGAAAGAACAGAAGGAGGAGCCUAUGAACAUUUCCGAGAAGCCUCCACAGCAGCAGCAGGCGCCGCAGCAGCAGCCGCAGCACCCGCAGCACCAGCAGGACCAGCAGCAGAAGAAGCCCCUUCACCCGAAGCUCGUGAGUGUGAGCGCCAGUCUGGAGAUGAAGGCGCUCUGGGACGAGUUCAACGAGCUCGGGACGGAGAUGAUCGUCACCAAGGCCGGAAGUGAUGUGAAUAGUUAUGUAAAGUAUGGUACACAAUUUUCUUUCGGCAAAGAGAUCGUCACCAAGGCCGGAAAGAAUGAAUCAAAAGAACUUCCUCAGUCGGUCCCGAGAUCCAUCGGCGUUCGAAGCCCGCUGGUGUCAGGGCAGUACUUGAUGGUCUUGACAAAUAUGUUAUUCGCACUCCAACUCAACGUCCUCUGGGAUUCGGACGAUGAGGAGGCGAUGAUGAGAUCUUUAAGGGUGUCUAAGGAGCAGGGAUUUCGAGUCAAGAUUCAUGAUUCAACUGGAGUGACGUCACGGCAGGAGCAGCAGCAGCAGCAGCAGCAGCAGAAACCAUGGCGUUCGUGCGGGUCGCCCUGA